UUAACUCAUGAGCAGCGCCUUCGCCUCAAAAUGAUGGAUGUCCUAACCCUAUGUAAAAAUUAGUAAAAAGUCGAUUCAGAUAAAAUUUGAUUCGGGUGAUUCAGAUAUAAAGUACAUAUUAUUUCUGGCAAAUUUAGUUAUGGAGGAUGAGGCCUUGUCUUUAUUGAAUUUUUAUCAAAGUCUUUUGCUGUGUUUUUAUAACAUUACUAGGUUAGAACUUAUUCUUUGCUGUGACUUGUUUGUUGCAUUUUCAUUUUUAUUCUUAAUUUAUAAUCGUCUACACACUAAUAGUUAUGCUGCUUUUACAAACUUUCAGACAAACUUCUCAUGGGGAAACAUAUAUCUCAAUUAAGGGAAGGAACAAACGCUCUCUGGUACCCGAUUAGACCCCAGUGGCAAUCUUGCUAUUACAAAGUGUACCUUUAAUAGCAAGGGGCUUCACCAGAUGGCAAAGAGCCACUCGGGUCUUAUCGACCUCAAAGUGUAGCCACCUUUCACAAAGGCCAUCAGCCUACGCAUAGACCCAUAAUUACAAAGAAAUAGAUUAGUGGGUCCACCCGUACAUACGGACUUUGAGAAAAGAGAUAUAGAUCCUAAAACAAUUGUUUAAACGUUCACUGGUAAAGAACCCACAGGGUACAUAUAUGUACUUGUGGUAAUAGCAACUUUAUUUCACUCCGCGCCACCUCUGUAGUGUAUAUACCGCCCAGAUUGGAAUUUUUGCCUUGCAAGGGGGAAAAAUACCCUGCAAACAUCAACUUUCAACCGUGGUUGCAGCUGCUAAAUUUCUAUUAAAAUGAUUCAUCCAGCUGCAAUGAUUUACCCACCUCUCCUUCUCUGAAAUAUAUACCUAAAAGUUACAUACUGUAUUCUAUGGUAAUAAGUCUCAGCCACACAAAAUUUUUAUCUAUGCUUUUUGCAAGUGUGCAAUUUUCAUGGACAUAAUACAGAUCCCCUGUGCAUCUUUCAAAUAUUCCAAUCUGGUACAGCCAAUGAGGUGUAUAGAAUACGCUAGAGGGUCAACUCGAGGCAGCCCUGACCACAGGAAGUGAAGCCAGGAGAAAUCUCAUUUGCACGGCAAGAACGGAGAAGUGCCGUACAAACACUUGAAUGAAACAUGCAAUAUUAAACAAAGAAUUCAGGCGAAAAUUCAGUUUUAAGUGAUUAAACUGGAAAAUCUGAAACACCUACGAACCUAAAUUAUUGGAUUUUAAGGAAAAUGGGAAAGUAAAGCAUAAUUCUGGACAUUAACAGUGAUGGUACCGACCGUUGUUUUGGAGGAUCUAUAGCGUUUUUUUCGCAGCCCCUAAACAUUAUUAAACAAAACGAGUUUGUUGAUCUGAAGGGGAAUACCUGGUUUGUUUUUAUUUAUGACUUCUCUCAUUAAUUUUUUUGGCAUACCUUCGCAAACAAACAGCCGUAUAUUUAAAGCCGAUAUUUUUGACGAGGUGUAUCAAGUGAUCACCUUGCAAGGCAUCGGUCAUGAAACAAGGAGGAAUAUAGCAAGUACCAAAGAAAUAAAAUUUAAGAAAAAAUGUAUACAUUUUACAGAAAAGCGACAAUAUAUUGAAGAACCUAAUGGUAAGGAUAGGCCUAAUCGUCAACAAACCGGUGAAGUAAAAUUGAUCCAUCCCCACUUAUAUCCGUAGAAAUACUGGCGGGAGCCGUUUACUUCCAACCCUUUUAUAAGAAUGUCUUUUCUUAUCAGUCUGUCAAUUCUUAGACCAAAAAGAAACGCACGAAACAACAAUCCUAAUACCGAGAUGCAAUAGAACGCCAUACACUGUGAGUCACUUCUUGCCGUGCAAUGCGGAAAUUGAUAGGCCUCACUGCCUCCCUACAGAGUUAUCCCUCUAGCGUAUUCUAUACACCUCAUUGGGUACAGCACAAUGCUCAACAGUGAAAAAACUAAUUUGAUGUUCAAAAAAAAUUCAUGCUACAUUGCAGACCUUAGAAAAAAAUUUAUAUACACUGGAAAUUUUUCAGGACAAAAUUUUUACCAUUGAAGAAAGGCUGAAGAAAGGCUGAAGAAAGGCUGAAAAAGGGAGAAGAAAGGCUGAAGAAAGGCUGAAGAAAGGCUGAAGAAAGGCUGAAAAAGGCCUUAGAAUAUAAAUAUCAUCAGUACUAGCAGAUGGCUUUCUACUGAUAAUGUCAAACAAAAAUUUAAUCCACUUUUUAUUAAUUCAUUGUUCGGUCAAAUGGCAAUAAAAAAAGUCUCAGGAAUGAUGUCAUCUGGAUAAGUAAUGAACGAUACUCUACCUUUUAUUUAGCGAUAAAGUCAAAAUUAAAUUAUAGUGUUAGUAUAAAAUCUUUCAGCUUUUGGGGGACUAGUCCGACUAACUAAGUUGGCAGGCCAGGACCCAGGACUAAUAUCGUACCAGUUAGAAAUUCAUAACAGCAUGCUAUCAAGCUAUCUUUUCUCAAAUCACAAAUGCUGUAACAAAUGCUGUUUGUGACAAUUUUUACCAGUCAGACGCCUAUGUCCUUCACAUCCUCGAAACCAUCAACAGUCUAUAACACAAGAUUCAUUUGUUCGCCAUGAAUACAUUGACAGCACCUGCAAAGCAAAGAGGACGUCAGACCUGUUCAAGGAUGGAUUGCUGCUACUGCUGCUCCUGAGCGAUGCCUUCGCUGCAUCUAUACUGUUGUCAAUCAAGGUAAUUGUUUGCUGCCUAAUUCCGUGGGAGAAUAAACACAAGUUAAGAACGCAUUUUAAGUUAAUGCGCAUAUCUCAAUUAUGAAGACUUUAUCCAAACCCGUCGGUGGAAAUUAAACUUUAAUGAGCUAAAGCGCGUAUGUUUGAUGUUCGUGCAGAACAAAUGCGUACAUGAAAGUCAUGUGGCUAAUUGAUUUGCACGGGAUCAAUUGAUUUCAGACGAAAUAUUUUGCGGUAGAUACUCUUUUCGACACAGGCCUUAUCAGCGGAGAUUGCAAGUGACGCAACCAGAGACAAUUUGGUUUAUUUUCAAGAACGCAAGGCUUGCAAACACGCCAAACAGGUCUUGCACGGACAGUGGAUUCUCACUUGUAGCACAAGAAAUUAUUUUCAUGAGCAAUAUAUAAGCGAAAUAUUACCAGGACCUGAGUAAGAUGAUAAAAAAGAAUGAUGUAAUCAGCGGCCAAUGGAAGCAAGAUAACUUGAGCUGGCAUAUGGAAGAGAUCGUUUGUGACUUCAUUUGCCUUGCAGAUGACAUAAUUGAAGACCUUUGUAAAGAUGUACCUGUGCAGAGCAACUACCAGAGGUAUCAUGUCGCGCAUUCUUUGGGAUACGAGAGAAGUCGGUGGAAGAAGUCGGUUGCAGGUAAAACAGGGUUUAUUUCGAGUUCUCGGACAAAGUUUACCAAGGUGUUUGCAAAUCCGGAAUCAGAAAGAACUAGAAAACACAGCGAGGAUAACGUAGCAGGCAUAUCGUAUGGAGAGUCUGAAUUAGAAUAUUGUAGGGAUGAUGAUUCUAAAGAGGGUAUAAGCCCAGAUUCCCAGGAUGCAGACAUAGAAGUGAAAGUAGGCGAAAGCUGGGAUUUCCUUUGUACCCCUUAUCGGAAUGUACUACACACUGAUAGGAUUGCGAGAUUGAAAUUGGAUCCAAGUGACCCGAUCAUAUUGAAUUAUGAGGUUCUUUCACAAGAUGCAAAUGGGAAUGAAGCUGAAAUAACAGGGAACAAUAACAAAAUGAAAAUAAAAAUUGAAUUAUUGAAGCAGCCUGAUAUGCCGACCAUAGAAGCGGUGAAAGUUAAUGAUUUGUCAGUUGAAUCAAAAACCACCAAAAUGAAAGUACGGCUGCCAAAAAGAAUUUUUGACACAGGGAACCAAGAAGAGGUUAAUGAAUACGUUGUCAACUGCCUGAGAGAUCAGCUGAAUUCAGGAGUAUUAACUUAGACGUUCAUUUAAUCCUGCAAACGCCCACCUUUAGGGGAAACUCCACUAGAACAUGUCCUAAGCUUAGCAUUAGGAAGUCCUGUGUAGAGUUAAACGCGGUGGAAACAACACGCAAUUUUACCUUCUGUUACCAUGAACUGCUAAAAAAUCUCAAAAAAGGAAAAAUUAACAACACGCAACCUUUCAUUUCGGCCUAAAUGAACACAGUAAAUGAUAUGUGUAAAUAGUAUGGACCCCAAUCUUCCUUCCCUAAUAAGUUUCCCUUCAAAUCAUCAUAGUUGUAAUCUUCCUCCAGGGCCCUCCAGGAAUGUAAUCGAAUAUUUACUGUACUACAUGAUGUAAAGGACUAUGUUGCAUUUAAGAUUUUGACGUCUUAAGCUCUAUGAUAGGGCUGUAAGUGAAGAAUGCAAUUAUUUUUUGUUGCAUCAAAUACACUCUUUUGAUAUUCAACGUAAAUGAAUUAUUUUGGAAGCUCGUCCCUUUUUCCCGGUUUUGUCCUAGAACCAAACCAUCAAGAACAAGAACUGAAUGAAACAAAAGAUCACUAAUGCCAAAUUUCAUAUAGAUUAUAUAAAAAAUAAGUAAGAUUAAGAGUCAGUUACAUAAUAUCACUGACCUUGCGGUAAAUGUUCGAAAAACCAACAGUUGUAGAAAUCUUUGUACUCCAUAGCAUUUUAAAAAUGAUCUGUUGUUGGCCUUGUUUUCAGAUCUUCAUAUAAAUUGCACAAUUUGCUUUGCUUUUAUCUAUCAUUUCAUCAAACGGUUUUCAGCAGUAUUAACUUUUCAAUUUGCAAAGUUUCUGCUCUUUUUAAUUUGUUGGUUGCAACAUUCAGGAAAUCAACAAUAUUUGCGCCGAGUUGGGACACUUUCUGAACCGUUACUUGCAGUUUUGACAUAUUUUUGAUGCGAUCUUAGAUAGGGGUUGUGGAAAUUAUUUUCACGCUAUUUGUUGUGUUAUUGACAAUUGAUGUUAUUCGAUACUUAUAAAUAUAUUUCCUAUUACUGUAGAAAAUUCGUAAAGUUCAAGAAAACGAGCAAUUUUCCAGUGUCCAGAGAACACAGCGGUACUACGGCAGUAAGCCGGAGAGAAGGGUUUACCGUUGUAGUUGUACUCUAUUUUUUGCCUUCAAAGCGUAAAAGCCGACUCCUAAAUGAUUUUACUUGAAUGGCAGUUCUAAGAAAAUGUUAUUUAAAGGAUGCAAGGAAAAUCUGGGGAAGGCAAAUGUUCGAAAUAAGGGGCAGUCGCGAUAGCGAAUGACCUGCUGCACAAACUCUAAAGAGGGGAGAUGAACAAAACUUUUGAGAUAUCCUGAACGUUUGUUUUUGCCUUGAAUAUAAAUAUACUAUCUGUCUCUCCGCUACUAGUUUGAGUGGCCACAUAACAUACACUGAAAACCAUCGAUACUCGCUCCUUUGGCGUAUUGGAUAACACGGUUGCCUCGCAUUGCAGAUGAAUGACACGCACAGGUCCGAGCCUCACCCCAGUGGAGGAGACCCCAGCGAAAUAAGGGGAGAAAAAUACAUAACAGUAAUGUGGUUAGGUAUAAGAAAAGACAAGGACUAGGUACUGUGAAAAAAAAUUAUUCUUAUAAAUUUAGUGACCUAUGCCUUGACCCACCCUUUUAUUAGUUAUUCUGUGUGGCGAUUAGCUAGUUAUUUCAUACAAGCUCGAGUCGCAUUCACUUAGUCAAUGCCGACAUAACAAUUUUAUUGCUAACCACAUUUGGUCGUAUCGAAAAAUUUUCAAUCUAAUACUGUUUGUUACUAUCAUUGGCCAGCAUUGAAUUUCACCAGAGCUAUAAACGACAAACAAACAAUAUAUCUCUACAUUUUCUCGGAUGAAUAUAAUUAUGAUGAAAUCGCUGGAUUUAUUGUUUCUUUGCCAAACCGACAUUUGACUCUUAGAGAUUUUAACUAAAUGAAUCAAUCAAUUCAUAAAAGAUAACCCAGGGCAUUUCCUGCUAUGCAUAAAUUGCUUGAUAAUCCUAAAGUUUUAUUUGAAUAAACAAAAUCUUUAAUUCUGAUGUUCAAGACACAGACAAAGCAAAACAUUAUUUGUAGCAAAAAGUUACUUCUGUCAAAGAAAUACCUAUCGCUAUUGCUUUAUAUAAAGGAACUUAUUUGAGCUGCAGAGGAGAGUUUACAUUGGGGAAAGCGGCCUCAAAUGCUCAUUACAGCGUCAAAAAAGAGACAAACUUUAUCUUAAUGUAAUCUAUAGUCAGCCUUUGCAGGGUCCAAUGGCAGGCUCUCCUUCUCUUUUUUCCCACACGCUCGCUGUCUCUACGGCUCUAAAACAUAACCUUCUAAGAAUAUGUAUAUCUGUUUACCAAUAUGAAAUACUUACGCAUAAAUAAAUAUUGAUGGACAUUGCAAUUCAGUUUAAAUAAGGAUGGUCUUUUGCAAAUAUAUUCAGAGCUAGUGGCAACAUAAGCAAACAAACAGUGAAAAAUUCAACUGUCGUAAUUGAACCGAAUGGUUAUUCUAAACACAGAAAAAACACAAAGACUUUUUCGGGGUGUGUUGGAACCCUGAAAUCUUUAUUACUGUAUAGUAGUAGGUGUCCUAGAAAGAGAAGGUGGUGCUGAAACAUUAGGCUUUCAAAUAUUCUUCCUAGCAGAUUCAAUAAAGUCAAGGCUUUAGGCUUUUUACACUUCGUAAGCAUCAAGUACUGUCUAUGCUUAUUUAUAAUAUCUUUGCCUUGGGUGCUUCAAUCACCAACGGUACUGCAGUAAUAGGGUUGUGUCUAUCAAGACAACAAUUCAACCUUGCGCAAUUAAAACCAACUAAAAUCAUUUUUGCAAGGCAUUUGCCUCUGUUAACCCGAAUCAUCAUCACCCUGGAAGCGCUACUUCUGCACGUGCGGUCCCUGAACUGUAUUUCAUAUAUUGAGAUAUGUAUCCUAAUGACAAGAAGUUAAAUAUAUUGGUUUCAUGUUUAUAUUCUACUUGUUUAUUCCGUGGCUUUUUCUUGAUUGCUCAAUUACUGUUGGCAGUAUAAAUUACAAAGUGCUUUCCGAAAUGUGACAGGAAAGGGUAUUUUUCUCCUCUUUCUUAGUUCCCCGGUGCAGUCGUAUACCAAAUCUCAGCUUCCCACUCUCAGUACAGAUUUUUGGCAGCAUGGAUCGAAAAAAGGCUAUUGGAAAGUCUGGUAUGUAGGUGAGCCGUAUUUCUUUUUUCGGCAUAAACAAACGUUCACUUCAGAAAAAACUGAAUGAAGAAAAAUCAAAGGCUACUCUUGAGUCGAAAAUA